AUGGAGGUCCUGAUGUCGUCUGCUCGCCUUCAUCUCGUCUGCCUGGUCGUGUGUUUCCUGUUGGGGGGAAAUGCCUCCGCUUCACCAUGUUCACUGGCCAUCGACACCGACGUCGUGAUUGCCGUUGCCGACUCCAAGGCGACCAUGUAUCACAGUUGGGGAGGAAUCGUCCUCUCCCCGGGGCUUGUCCACUUCCUGAAAACAUUCGUAUCACAGUGUGACUACAGUAAAGUCCGAAUAUCCAUUGUCGCAGUCAGCAACACCGUCAGGCUCCUUGCGCCAUUUACCAACAACCCAAACGACCUUCACCUUGCCAUUCAGUCUUGGAGACCGCAGUUUAAGGGAGCAAAACGCUCUCUAGCUCUGAGGUCCAUCAGAUCGUACUUCAAGACAGACGCUCGUCCAAAAGCCGCCCGCAUCGUCAUUGACGUCACCCCACAGCAAUCCGAAAACUACUUCGCCACACUGUCUGAGAGCCUGCAGCUGAGGGCGGAUCACGUCGCUAUCAUUGGCGUCGGUUACGGUCGUUACGCCCCCUCUCAAGAGUUGAUGGCAAUGACCGGAAGUCGUAAUCGAGUCUUAAUAACGGCCAACGAUUACUUCCUUAUUUACUUCGUGAAGCCAAUUAAGCAACUUAUUUGUACACGUGAGUAA